CGGCGCUCCGGGGCCGGCCGCGGUGCGGGCAGCGGGGACAGCCACGGCGCCUGAGGCGCCCCGGGCCCUCCCUCGGCGCCCGCACCGCCGUGACCCGCCCGGCGGAGGGGCGGAGGUGGGUCCCGAGCGCGCCGGUGCUCCUCCGCCCCCGGUGCCUCCGCCCGCGGCCCCCGUCGGGCUUUGCACCGCCAAAAGUUAAAAUGUGUGGUGAUGGUGUCCCAGAUCAUUGGCGUAUUGGGGAGAAAUGCCUUGCCCCUUGUUUUGAAAAUGGAAAACUUCAUGAAGGAACAAUAACUUCUCUUGAAAAGGACAAGAAUGGAAAAUCAUUUGCUGUUGUAUCAUUCUUGGAGUCUGAAGAAAGAAAAAUACUAAUAACAAAACUUUGUAAAGUCAAAGACAGUAGAGGACCCUGGAAAAGCUUAAUAUUUGAUGAAGGUGAUCUGGAAAAGCCAUAUUUUCCUGACCAAAAUCUUCCAUCUCCUGGAGUUGCUUUUAAAUUAUCUGACAAUGGCGAUUUUAUCCCGUAUACAAUUAACAGAUACCUGCGUGAUUAUCAAAGGGAAGGAGCCCAGUUUCUGUAUAGACACUAUGCUAAUAAAAGAGGGUGUAUUCUUGGAGAUGAUAUGGGCCUUGGAAAGACAAUACAGGUCAUUUCAUUUUUGGCUGCAGUAUUGCACAAAAAGGGAACACGUGAGGAUAUUGAAAAUAAUAUGCCGGAGUUUUUACUGCGGACAAUGAAAAAGGGCUCAGAUUGUAAUCCCAAGAAGACUUUCCUCAUAGUGGCCCCUCUUUCAGUGCUGUACAACUGGAAGGAUGAGUUAGACACAUGGGGAUACUUUAAAGUCUCUGUCUUACAUGGCAGUAAAAAAGAUGAUGACUUGAGUCGCAUCAAGCAAGGGAAAUUUGAAGUUGCUCUUACAACAUAUGAGAUACUUCGCCUAUAUUUGGAUGAAUUUAACAGUAUAGACUGGUCUGCUGUGAUAGUGGACGAAGCACAUAGAAUCAAGAAUCCAAAGGCUCAAAUAACUCAAACCAUGAAGUCAUUAAAAUGCCGUGUUCGCAUAGGUCUUACUGGAACCAUUCUUCAAAACAAUAUGAAGGAACUUUGGUGUGUUAUGGACUGGGCUGUACCAGGACUUUUAGGUAGCAGAGUGCAUUUCAAGAAGAAAUUUUCUGAUCCAGUGGAGCAUGGCCAGAGGCACACUGCAACUAAAAGAGAGCUAGCAACCGGUCGUAAGGCCAUGUUGAAUCUAGCAAGAAUAAUGUCUGGCUGGUUUCUGAGACGUACCAAAGCGCUUAUCAGUGAUCAGUUGCCAAAAAAGGAAGACAGAAUGGUGUUUUGUUCCCUCACUGAAUUCCAGAGGGCUGUGUACCAGGCUGUGCUAGAGACAGAUGAUGUAACCUUGGUGUUAAGAGCAGGAGAGCCCUGUAGCUGCAACAGUGGCCGUAAGAGGAAGAACUGUUGUUACAAAGUAAAUGCACAUGGUGAAACAAUUAAGUCAUUGCGCUUCAGUUACCUAAUGAUCCUACAGAAGGUUGCAAAUCAUGCUGCACUGCUGCAGACAGACAACACUAGCAAACUGCAGGAAGCGCAUAUCAAACGAGUUUGCAGCCAGGUAUUUUCCAGUUUUCCAGAUUUUGUGCAGUUAAGCAAAGAUGCAGCCUUUGAAACUAUUUCAGAUCCAAAAUAUAGUGGAAAAAUGAAGGUCCUUCAGCAGCUUUUAAAUCACUUCCGAAAAAAUAAGGAUAAAGUUCUUCUUUUCUCCUUUUCCACAAAGUUGCUUGAUGUGCUAGAACAGUACUGCAUGGCAUCUGGGCUAGAUUACCGAAGACUUGAUGGAAAUACAAAAUCAGAAGAUAGGAUCAGAAUUGUGAGAGAGUUCAACAGCCUUCAGGAAAUUAACUUAUGUCUUGUAUCUACAAUGGCUGGUGGACUGGGUCUUAAUUUUGUUGGUGCCAAUGUUGUUAUACUGUUUGAUCCUACAUGGAAUCCAGCAAAUGAUCUUCAAGCAAUUGACAGAGCUUAUAGAAUUGGCCAACACAGAGCUGUUAAAGUGUUUAGAUUGAUAUCCUUGGGAACUGUGGAAGAGAUGAUGUACUUGCGACAAGUGUAUAAGCAGCAACUUCACUGUGCAGUGAUUGGAACUGAAAAUGCCAGGCGGUAUUUCGAGGCAGUGCAAGGAUCAAAGGAACAUCAAGGAGAGCUUUUUGGGAUUCAUAACCUUUUCAAACUUAGGACUCAUGGGUCCUGUCUUACCAAAGACAUACUGGAGAGGGAAGGACAGGUAGAAGCAGGAGUCAUGACAGCAACCACAUGGCUGAAGGAAGAGAAUCGUUCGUGCAGCUCAGAAAAGUAUGAACAACCAGACUGUCAAGAAGAUGGAGAUCCCCAAAGCAUUCAGGCACAAUUAAAAAGAGAAGAAACUGAUUUUUGGGAUGAUUUGAGUGAUGAUGAUAUUCUGGAGAGUUCUGUGAAAAAAUCUGACAGAAGGAAGCCAUGCAAUGAAAAUGUAACAAAAGGACAGCUUUCCUUAAUGCAGUGUGGAUUCUCUAAGUUGUUGCAGAGAGAAAUUGAGACUACCAGAGAAGGGGGUCACAAUUUUGACUCUCAUCAUUCAAGUUUUGAUUCUCACACUGUAAGAAAAAAUGUAAAUAGCAAGCACGAUGGUUUUCAGAAAUGUCAAACUAGUGUGCCUGUUUUGGAGCAUGGGAAAGCUGUUCUGUCUCCAAAUGGAAGUGAUAAACAAAGUAUGCAUAGUACAGCAUGGCUUGGUUUAUCAGGCUCUGAGGAGGAAGGCGACACAAAAAAUGAGAAUCAAAGCAUUUUAAAGCAAUGUGACAUAGUCAUGGAAACUGAAAGUAGUUCUGAAGCAGAGGAUGAUGUCAUCUUUCCUACCCAAGUUCAAGUAUGCCAGCAACCAGUACUUACUAAAGAAGUUAAAAUACAUAGGUCAACAUCUGAAAAUUGUGAAGAGUUAGAAAAAGCUGGGUUUGUAUUUAAGGGAAACAGUAGACAAUUUGGAUUCCACAGGACUGAGUCAAAUUUUGCCAUGUCUUUUGAAGAUGUCAAGAAUGACGUAGAUUUGAAAGGAACGAGCGAUGUAAGCGAUGAGUCUGAUGAUAUUGAACUUCCCCAUAAUUCUGAAUCAAGAAAGCCAGGAACUCUGAGUUUUCCCAAGUGGAAGAAAUCUCUACCACAAGCAAAGAAGCCCUAUGGAAAAGGAAAGGAAAGUGAUUCCCAGAAUAUAGAUGAAUUCUCAUCCUCUGAAGAUAACUUUCCAGUUGAGAAAAUUCAUGCCAGGAAGAAAAGCUAUAGGAGUAAACAGAGUAGCAGAAUUCAGUUUGGGUCUAAAAUGCUGUGUCCUAUUCAAGACACAUCUGCUGCACAAAUGAAGUCAAGUAAUUAUGCUAUGCAUAGCACUUACGCAAGUAAAACUGUAUUUGAGCAUCAAGAGAAAAGAAUGGAAUCAAUGGACAAAUAUUUAGAUGGCGUUCAAGAAGUGGCAUAUAUUCACUCAAAUCAGAAUGUGGUUGGGUCCAGCAAGGCUGAAAAUCACUUGAGCCGAUGGGCGGUGCACGACGUGUUUGAGUUGAAGCAGUUUUCCCAGCUCCCUGCUAAUGUAGCUGUCUAUAGUGCCAAGCUUGGUUCUUGUUGGUAGCUUGUUUAAUUGCAUUUGGAAUACACACAAAUCUGGAAUAAAUUCAGGUACAUCUUUCAUAUUUUUUAUUCUUACUACACAAUGCUCUGAUUAUCUGGGUACUUGGUUGCUUGCUUUGUAAUAAACAUUUGCAAUUUCCUAGACUGAUUUUUAAGAUAAACCACAAGCACAGAAUAAGUCAUUGAUGAAUGUGCAGCUUAGUCUUUACAGACACAUUAGCUAUCCUUACAGAAAUUGUAGACAUAUGACUGUGUUGUUCUGGGGUGUUGAACAUCCACAGUGGCCAGAAGAGUUUCUUCCAGUGCUGUUGUUUUACUGUAUUUAAUUAAGCCAUUAGCAGAGUUGCCAAAAAUUUUUAUACUGUGAAGAUCAAACCAGGCGAACCAGUAAAAGUAAGGCCUUUUCAAUUUUAACACAUUUGCAUUAGAAUGUUCCUCAUUAGCAGAAAAGUUGGUCAAAAAUACUCAAGAGUACGGUAGGAAGGUACUUAUUAAUUGGCAAUGGCUGACAACAUUAUUAAAACCAAAUAAAAAUGAAAGAAAACUUUGAAGAGAGUAUUUUGAGUAAAUGUCUGUGAUCCACCUCUGUUAAAAACUAGUUUGUGAUGUUCAUGUAACUUAGAGCUUAUUAUGUAGAGUUAUGUGACUGCAAGUAUUGCAAAUUAACUUACCUUGAUUAACUCAUCAGGUUUUUUAAGGUAUGCACUUUUCACUCAGAAGCAACAGUAGUAUCAUUUCUCUUGGAGAUCUAAGUAGGAAGAGCAUCAAAACAUACAGAGAAGGCUGCCUCUCUGUUUUUUCACUUCCUGUUAUUCAUUUACAUAAAGGCACUAAAGUAGAAAUAAAAGAUAGAUGACUGCCUAUUCUUAGAUGUGGCGUUUUGAGCUUUUUGUGGUCUGCUUAAAAGAGAGCUUCUUAUACAAUUUUGAAAGGUUCUCUACUUAGAAUUUUAUUGAUACUGUUUUUCUUUCUUCAUUACUUGGUAUUUCCUUAGAAGACAUUUUGUGAAAAAACAUGGUCACUGUUGUGCUUCUGGCCCUCAGGCUUUUGCUGAAAGUUAGGACAUUCACUGUCUCAGCAUCUACCUGUUUUAUCAUAAAUAAUGCUGCUUAAUAAAAAUGUUUUUCAGUAGAUUAAAGUAGCAUCAUGUGUAAUAUUAAACAUAC